ACAUGUUAGAGGAAACAUCUACUUCACAGUCUCAGUGAAACGUGUAAAUAACUGAUUUAUUAAAUUACCUACAGUCCUUGGGAUGGCAAAGCGAGCAGCGAGAGAGAGGACCCAGCUGCCAACGUGUUACUAUGAGGGAUACCUGGAGAAGAGGUCGUUCAAAGAUAAGGCAUCUCGGAAACUGUGGACCUGCCUAUGUGGAAACACACUGUUCUUCUUCAAUGAAAAGAGAGACACCGAUUACAUAGAGAAACUGGAUCUCAGUGGUUUGAUCUCGAUAACAGAUGACAACAGCCAGGAUCGUAACUUAGAUGCAGCCAGAUUCAACUUGCAGAUGAAGAAUGGAAAUAUCAAAUUCACUGUUCCUAAUGCAGAGGCUCGUGAGCUGUGGAAGGGAUUCAUUCACUCUGUGGCUGAGCUGUCGGUACCAUCCUUCGCCAACCUGCUACCAGGCCAGAUCCACAUGCUAAAAGAGGCCAUAGAAAAGGAAAAGGAAAGAAUACAAACUCCUGAUGUCCCUCCACCUGUUCCCACCAACUCCAGUCCUUACGUCCGCCUCCAAUCAGAAAUGCCAGCUUGUUACCACAAUGUGUCCCGUCUGGAGGCCGAGCUGCUGCUUGAGAGAGAGGCCAAGAAAGGAAACCUGCUGCUGAGGCCUGGAAGUGGCGGAAACUCCUUCGCUGUCACCACCAGGCAGGACCUAGACGGGUUCCCUGUCCCACUCUACAUGAUGUGAUCAACUAUUUAGUUGAAAAUACUGACAGAGUUUUGAUUCCUUUCAUAAUUGAAGAGGCAUAUGAAAAAAACAUCUCUUAUAUUCGGUCGGACAAUGAAAAUGGAGAGAAGAGCGUUCAGCAGGCCUCAUCAAACCUUGUCCCACCAACUCCACCCCCCAAACCAGUAGCUCUAAGAAUACCGACUCCUGAACCAGAGGCAGAACCAUUUAUAGAAGAGUCUGAGUAUAUGAAUGACAAGUUGGACGGGAAAGACAAAAAGACAAAGAAUUCCCCAGCCGCUCCACUGCCAGAACCUGAGAAAAAUGCUCCAAAGAAAGCAAUUAUGCCUCCAAUUCCUGCUCCUCGCAAAGGGGCCUCCUUUGUAUCACCCCCCUCUUCUACCUGCUCCAUGAACAGCGACCCGAAGUUGAGAGCCUUAUCCGACUGUCGGGGACAGAUUCCUAUCGCAACGCUGUCUGAGCUGAAACUCAAGUUGGAACAAAAGGCAAGGAGUCAAGAGUGACCUCUCCUGGUUGAAUUCCCAUUAAAGCGUCUGUGACUCAACAGCAGUGCAGAGCUACUCAGUCUGUCCCUGCAACAUGAACCAACACAUAGGAGCGGGAAGAGAGCAGCGGUUUCCACACAGACGGCAUCUUCCCCGUCUGCGUCGUGGCUCUGCUCCUCCUCGUCAGCUGGCUGUCAGCAGCAAAGCCUCUCCGAAGAUUAACACUCUAUUGAUUCACCCCUCUCAGACACUCAUUAGCAAAUGAAUCGACUGUAACGAGGGGUGUACAUGUCACAUUAUCCUCACCGUGUUUCUCUUGUACAUUUUGCACAUUUGCCAUUGACACUGGUGUACAUUUUCCUACUUAGAUUGUAUCAGAUCUUCUGUAUCAGUGUUUGUGACUACUUUUACUGUUAUCAGCUGUUGAGUUGUAUUUUUGUAAAAUUUUUUUACUUAGCCUAGACAGCUAUAUUUAUUCUGCCUUACAGGCAUGUGAUGUUUAUACAUAUUGUACACCAUUGAAUUGGCUUGUGGUUACUGUACCUACUGUAUGUGAAUGUAUUGUAUAUACUGUAGUGAAGGAAACAUUUGCUACCGUCACAUCCAAUCAGAUACAUAUGCACAAGCAACCAGUAUGUGCCAUGCAGCAGUUAGAAAUCAAUCAGUUUUAUGAUGUUCUGUACCUGGUCCGCAUUCCUGUGUUAAACCUCUUUUUGUACAA